AUGGAAGCAAUUCGUACAAAAGCAAUUGAAAUAGCUGAGGCUUCCAUUAAACUUCAUUCAAAUCCAGCUGGAAUUGGCUAUCCACCAGACAAAGCUUUGAAAACAAAUAAACAUGUUUUCAGUAUUAUUGGACCACAUCUAGGAAAGAAUCGUACAUACAAUGCUAUAUUUCAUGUUCGAUGGUUUAAUGCAUCUCCUGACACAUAUGAAAGAUCUAUUUUAAGUAUUAACAAUAGAAUUCCAGCACCUACUAUUAUAGUAGAACAAGGCGAUAUAAUAAAUAUAACACUAAUUAAUGAGUCACCAGAUGAAGCUGCAAUUCAUUGGCAUGGUCUAUUAUAA